AACUUUUCAUUAGCAUCUUGCCCUGAACUAUUAUGCCUGGUAAGAAAAGUUCAACUCAAUCUGAUUGUAAUAAUCGAAGUGUAACCACACCAACCAAACAAACUAAAAGAAGAAAGGUUAAAGUUAAAGCUAUUAGCAAUGUCAAGACGAAUGAUGAUUACUUUGAUGAAAGUAUUAUGGAUAUGAUUAACAUUAAACUGGCCAGAAUGACCAUGUUGACAGGAUUGGAUGUCUCUGGUAAUGGCGUUGUAUUCAAUAGCAAGGUUAUUGGAAGGUUUAGACCAGAUAAAGAUGGGCCAGUUAAAUUGUUAAUUCAUUGGGAGCCUGAAGGAUUGAUACCAGAUGAGUGGAUAUUUGAGAAAGAUCUGGAUGAGAUGUCUUCGCGUUGUCUGGCGCUUAAUUCACUGCCGAUAAGUUCAUUUAAAGAAAUGUUUGAUAACGCUUGAGUUCCAUUAAAGCUAAGAUGAAAAUGAAGAUAAAUUCACUUCAAACUGCCAACAUUGGGAUAAAUUAAUCCAUCAGCGGAUCAACGAAAUAAGAAAAACAGAAUCUGAUCAAAUCACUAUCUGUUUCUCAUUAACAUUAAACUAUUUUAUUGUACUUUUACCAACCUACAAUAUCGUCUUGAAUCCAAUAAAUUAAACCAAUGUUUUGACCAAAA